UGUCGCCAUUUAAAAAUGGCUGCCAAAACGAAGAGGAAAGAAACAAAAACACGUGUUGAAGAUAACAAAUUAUGCCUUGACAGCAUCGCAGAGCUUGGCGGAACAAAGGAAGAUUUGGAGCUGCUAGAAGAUGUUCCAGACAGUGGCUCAGACUCAGGAGCAGAAAGCUUAGAAGAUGAUAUUGAUGCAGAACCUAUAAAAAAGGAAGAGAUCCGAUCUUUCCUGAAACAGCUUGACAUUUACAAGUACAGGCCUGGAAAAAGCCAAGAAAGUGAGACAGAUGCUGAGGAAAAGAAGGAGAAAGUAAAUCUAGUGUCUCCUGCAGCUGACCAGGGACAAGAUGACGGGGAUAAGCAGGAACCAGGGGCCAAGAAAAAGGAGAAAAAAGAGAAAAAUAAGUACAGGGUUCAACAUGAGGAGGUAUCGAGCACCAGUAAGGACCCCGGGGAGGAGUACAGGACACACAUGAAGGCCUACGUGAAAAGGAAAUACUUGCUGGUGAAACCUGGGGAAUACUUUGACACUCAGGUUCCAAUAGACGGUGUAGAGCAGGUGAAGUUUUCCGACAACAUGAUCGGACAGAUGGAAGAGUUUGCUGCCAAGCUUUUGAAUGAUGAAAUAGCUGUCUAUAACAAACAACGAGAGAACUCAAAGCGUUCAGAUGUUCAAUGGAUGAAGACUGUCCUCAUGUCAGGAACACUGGCAGACAAGAUUGCGGCCCUCACUGUUUUACUGCAGGAGACCCCACUUCACAACAUUGGACAUCUCGAUACACUGUUUACCAUGGCCAGAAAGAAAAAUAGGCGCGAAAAUCUUCAGGCCGUCGAAACGCUGAAGGAGCUGUUCCUAACAGAUCUGAUUCCUGGUGAUAGAAAACUUAAAACAUUUGCUCAGCGUGACCUGGCUGGCCUGGGCACAUUGACUGGAUGGAACAAGGAGGCCAUGGAUAAGCGCCUUCUUAUGUGGUACUUUGAGUCACAGUUGAAACAGAAAUACGCACACUUUGUCACCAUUCUAGAGACUCUUGCACAAGACAUUUUACUUCCCACAAAGCAAAAAGCAGUCAGUGUGAUCUACAACCUGCUUGUUGAGAAGCCGGAAGAAGAGAAGAAACUGUUGACCACCCUGAUUAACAAGGUGGGAGACCCACACUACAAGAUGGCCUCAAGUGUGUCACAUCUUCUCACUAAACUGGUGGAGGCCCAUCCGAACAUGAAGGUUGUUGUGGUGAAGGAGGUUGAGAGACUCGUGUUCCGGCCAAACAUUGCCGACAGGGCACAGUAUUAUUCAGUGUGUUUCUUGAACCAGUUGAGACUGAGUACCUUUGAGAAAGACCUGGCUGCAAAACUCAUUGGCAUCUACUUCUCCUUCUUCAAGGGUUUUGUGAAGAAAGGGGAGGUGGACAGUAAAAUGAUGAGUGCACUGUUGACAGGGGUGAACAGAGCCUUCCCUUAUGCUAAAUUGGAGGAGCGUGUGUUAUCGGAACAGCUGGAUCACCUGUACAAGAUUGUUCACAUAGUCAACUUCAACACCAGCCUGCAGGCACUCAUGUUGCUCUACCAGGUCAUGGACACCAGUCAGAACAUCUCUGAGCGCUACUAUAGUGCCCUGUACAGGAAGUUGUCAGACCCGGCCAUAAAGACAUCAUCUAAGCAGGCAGCCUUCCUUAAUCUGCUCUUCAAGAGCAUCAAGAAAGAUGAAUGUGAGAGAAGAGUCAAGGCCUUUAUAAAGCGUCUUCUCCAGAUCUGUGCCUACCAGCAACCCAAUUUCACAUGCGGAGCCAUGCUGCUUCUGUCCGAGGUGUUGAAGGUGAAGCCAGGACUUCUUUCUCUCACCCAUGCUGAAGUGGACUCUGACGAUGAAGAGCACUUUGUAGACCAACCCGAGGGCACAGAUGAACAACAAGCCUCUGUGGACCAUGAUGAUCAAACGUCUGGUGACAAUGAUAAACCAACCAUAAACACUGGCUCUAAGACAAAAGUUUCAUCAUGGGUACAUCGGGCCAAUUUGAACCACAAGACAGAGAAGACUGACUAUGACCCUUACCACCGUAACCCGAUGUACUGCCACGCUGAGAAUGAAUGUAUCUGGGAACUGGAGGGCCUGACCUGCCACUACCAUCCUACAGUUGCACUGUUUGCUAAGCAGCUACUUCAGGGAGAUUAUAUAGACUACAGUGGUGACCCGCUACAAGACUUCACAAUCAUCAGGUUCCUCGACAGAUUUGUCUACAAAAACCCAAAGAAGAAGCAGCAGAUUGAAGAGAAGGUGUCAAACCUAGCUAGAGGAAAAUCUAAACUGCGAGGCAUCAAGAACAUGGUUGUCACAAGUGAACAGUUCGCCAAGCUGGAGGAGAGAAAAGUCCCUGUGGACGAUGUCUACCUGCAUAGGUAUUUCCGAGAGAAGAGCGCUCGGGAAAAGAAGGGCAAGGCAGAAGAUGACAGCGAUACUGAGAGCAUUACAGACGCAGAGUUUGACAACUUCCUAGAUCAAUUUGAAGGCAAGUUGGAAGGAGGGGAUGUGAAUUUUGAAGAUGUCGACUUUUCAAGUGAGUUUGGUAAGAAAAGAGGAAAGGUUGAAGAUGACAGUGAUGAUGAAGAUGAUGAUGACUUGUCUGAGGAAGAGAUUGACUUCGAUGAUGAUGAUGACCUGUCAAAGGAGUUCAGAGAGGAGUUAGAAAAUCUCUCAGGCUCUGAUGACAACGCUGACUUUGCGGACGCAGAUGAGUAUGCUGACGACCUGGAACAAGAUGAGGAUGAAGAUGAAGGCCUGGAAGAUGAGGAUUUCGAAGGAGAUGGCGAGGAUUUAGCCGAAGAAGGCAAAGAUUUUGAUGGAGAGGGUGUGGAUUUCGAAGGAGAGGAUUCUGAUGAGUUUGAUGAAAAGAACUUUCAAAUUGAUGAAGAAGAUGUGGAGUUUUCUGAUGAUGAUGAAUUCAAAGAUAUUAUGCCGAGCAAAGCUCCAAAGAGAAAAGCUGGAAAGGACUUGCAUAAAUCUUCAAGUAAAAAACAAAGGAACACCACAUCAGAUUCAGAUGAUAUCUUAGCUGCAGCUGAACAGUUUGGUGACAUGCUUGAUGAAGCUGCUGGGUCAAAGUUCAACACCACGGGAUCACAUGCCCUUGCUAACAAGGACAAAGCAGAUGCCAAGCAGCUUAAAUGGGAAAUGGACAGAGACCGCUGGCUGAGAGGGCCGUCUGAUAAACAUCGCUUUAAUAAGAAGAGGGGCGGUCAGAAAUCUUCAAGGGGUGGCCAGAAAUUUAACCGAGGGAAACCGAAUGGAAAGUCCAAGAAUGUUAGAGGAUCUGGGAAAACAAGUGGAAGAAGAUAGAUACAGUGUAGUUUGCGGACACUUUUAUCAUUUUGUGUCAUUAUGUCUGCUUACGGAUAAAGAAUAUAUGACAGAUAAAUAUGGUUGUAAAUAAACAUGUUGG